AUGGCUAAGUUUGGUACUUCCUCAAAGAAACCAGUUGCUUUAUCUCAACCCAAAGCCUUCUACAAGACAACUUCCUGCAAUCUUCAGGCUGUUCUUGAUACAUCAUUGUAUGAUGUUGUUCUUGCUCCAAUGAUCGAACCCCUAAAAGGUCAUCCUUUGUCCGUCCCACUCAUUAUCUCCACCAACAAGGUUCCAUUUGAAUAUCUUGUCAGAGCUCACGAUACAGCUUCUUUUGACAACAAACUUGAUCGAGUUGAAUUGGAGCUUAUUAACGGUGACACCGUGUAUCUCAAAAAACACAUCUUUCUAGAGUCAAAUGGUCUUCCUAGGGAAGUUAUUUUCUCAUGCUACAAAACACCAUCCACUACCAAAAUCUUUCGCAAACUUCUCUCCAUCGGUCACAAAGCCCCCCUUGAGAACAAUAGUCACUUCAAGAAAACAAAACUUCCCAUCGCAUGGAACUUCCUCGUUCUCCUCAUCAUCCAUUGCCUCACCGAAAAAACUGGUGAAACUGGUCAAUUAAGCACUGUUUGGCUCCAAAUACUAUGGGGAAUCAUCACCGGACGACCGGUAGACUAUGUUACCUACAUACGGAAUGACUUCAAAGAAUAUAUUGGCAUGAAGAACAUGGAGAUCCCUCACACUCACUUCUGGGCAGUCUUUCUAGAAUCCCUAUAG